UUUGUAUGUGUGUGUAUGUUUUUUUUAAAGGCACAGCAGCUGGGCCUCCAGAAGAGAGGAUGCUGUCUCGUGCUGGGCUACAUGGCCAAGGACAAGUUUCGGAGAAUGAAUGAAGGCCAAGUGUACUCCUUCAGCCAGCAGCCCCAGGACCAGGCCGUGGUGUCGGGGCAGCCGGUGACGCUGCUCUGUGCCAUCCCGGAAUAUGACGGCUUCGUUCUCUGGAUCAAGGACGGCUUGGCUCUGGGCGUGGGCAGGGACCUCUCGAGUUACCCGCAGUACCUGGUGGUGGGGAACCUGUCGGGAGAACAUCACCUGAAUCUGCGGGCAGAGCUGCAAGACGAUGCGGUGUACGAGUGCCAGGCCAUCCAGGGCAUCCGGUCCCGCCCCGCGCGCCUCACCGUCCUGGUGCCACCCGAUGACCCCGUCAUCCUGGGGGGGCCCGUGAUCAGCCUGCGGGCAGGGGACCCCCUCAACCUCACCUGCCACGCAGACAACGCCAAGCCCGCCGCGACCAUCGUCUGGCUGCGGAAGGGAGAGGUCAUCAACGGGGCCACCUACUCCAAGACCCUGCUCCGUGACGGCAAGCGCGAGAGCAUCGUGAGCACCCUGUUCAUCUCCCCCGGAGACGUGGAGAAUGGACAGAGUAUCGUGUGCCGAGCCACCAACAAAGCCAUCCCCGCGGGGAAGGAGACCUCGGUCACCAUCGACAUCCAGCACCCCCCGCUGGUCAACCUGUCGGUGGAGCCGCAGCCGGUGCUGGAAGACAACGUCGUCACCUUCCACUGCUCUGCCAAGGCCAACCCGGCCGUCACGCAGUACAGGUGGGCCAAGCGGGGCCAGAUCAUCAAGGAGGCGUCGGGAGAGGUGUACCGAGCCACCGUGGACUACACGUACUUCUCGGAGCCCGUCUCCUGCGAGGUGACCAAUGCCCUGGGCAGCACCAACAUCAGCCGCACCGUGGACGUCUACU